AUGAUGGCAGAAACCAAGUCCUCCGAGGGCACAAAGUCCAGCUGCGUUUCUGCCUUGAUCUCUUGUUUCAAUCUCGGAUCGAAGAAGAAGCCUUCCGCCUCACCAGGACCGACGCCAAAGCCAGCCGUUCCAUAUGAACCAAAACCACAGUCGCCGACCAAGUCUGCCGGUGAUUCCGUUUCGAACGACAAGGCCGAGUCCAUCUCAUCCAAACACGCGGGAACCGGAAACACAGACGCCGACAGCAAACACAGUCGAGAGUCUACCGAAGCACAUGUUGAGGCGCCCUCCUCAGACGCUCAGCUCGUCAAGUAUCAACCUAUCAUCGUUACAGAAAGCGCGCCAGUCGACCUAUGGCAUGAGGCGCUCAACAAGACUCAUCAAGACACCAAGUCUUGGAUGGGAAAGUUCGGCAUCGACCGCUCGAGUACCAUCCAAGUCCAAGAAUUGACGACACUGGUCAGGCAAAGCGAAGAAAUAUACCAGGAUGCCAGUUCAGGACUGAAAAUUGGGGAACGGAACAUCUUGUGGAGAGAUUACGCGAAUCGAGUCGUCGCUUGGGUGACCAUGAUCGGAGACGUUGCCAUAGCAUUCGCCCCUGCGCCGGUUUCACCGGCCGAGACAAGCCGAGUCGAACAACUUACCGCUAUUUUUGGUGCCGCCGACCGUAUUCUCGGUAUUGUCAGACGGGGUCAGAUAUACGAAUCUGUGUACGGCCUUGCUAGCGCGAAUUUGACAGAACCCUCGAAGAUUCUCCUGAGAGACUCUCUCAUUGAGCUCUAUAGACGCUCGCUGGAUUCACUAGCAUCGACGUCGAAUCGGCUCGACGGACAAGUAUCCUGGGCAACGCAGUUCCUCGCGGCUCUCACCGACUCGAGUCGUGCGGAACCAUUCUUGUCAGAUCUUACGGAUGCGGAGAAUGACGUCUCAAGAUGCGCAGAGGCUUGCGUUUGUGAGGCAACAGAGAGGAAUCUUCAGUUAUUGCAAAGUCUACAUAGUCCCCUGAGGCGCAUCGAUGAUAGAGUUACGCAACUUCUGAACAACUUCCAGGAAAUGAAGAGGCAGGAGAGAGAGCAUGCCAUGGAUCACAUUAGCAAUGUGAAAGUCGACUACAUCCAUGUUGCAAAGAAAGAAAUGAGAACGGAGGGAACCUGCGAGUGGCUCGUACAACAUCCGAGAUUUCUUGCGUGGGAAGAGCCCAGCUUCUCAUCAAUCCUAUGGCUCAACGGUCAAGUGGGAGCUGGCAAGACCUUUCUCACUUCUAAGGUGGUUGAUCGCUACCGGUCUCGUCCUGGAGAUGCUUUAGGGUCGCCAGAGAAUGAUGAGGGCUUUGCUCACUUUUACUGUGAUCGCGGAGUGGCCGGCCGCAGAGACGUUAAAUCAAUCCUCAGCAGCUACAUGGUGCAGCUCUCGACGGUAUCACGUCACCGCAACAGAUGGCAUACAAAGCUUCUGAUGUUCUGCAGGGACGUUGCCGCAUCUCGACGUAGCCUGGAAAUCUCUGAAUGCAAACGGUUUGUACGCGACAUGGUCAACGCGUAUCCGCGCUCUAUCCUGGUACUGGACGGAUUGGACGAGUGUGAGGAGAACUCAAGAUCACAGAUUGUGCGCUUCUUCCGAGAUUUAGUCAAAGAAUCCGACAGGCCCGUUAAGAUCUUCAUAUCCAGCCGCCCAGAAGCGGAUAUACUUGAAUUGAUGGGCACAUCGACUUGCAUCCAAAUCAGUACCGCAGACAACGAAAAGGAUAUUGAGAAAUACAUUGACUCCAGGCUCAGCCAGCUGCAAUGGGAUCAGUUGGAGCCAUUGAAUACAGAGACCGAUGUGAAGGAGCGACUCAUGCAACUUCCAGAGGGUCUGUCAGCCUCUUACGAAGAGAUCUGUUCUCGGCAAAGCGAGUAUGCCAUGGAGGUCCUCAUGAGAGUCGCAAUGUGGGUCAAAUGGGCCCAGCCACCGCUGAAGACAUGGCCUCUACUUCAUGCAGAGACUCCUUACUAUCACAUGCUGCUACGCAUGGACACGCUGAGCUUUGUUCAUUACGCGUGCCAACGUCGACAAAUCUCCGUCGUCAAGACGCUUCUUUCGAGAGGAGCAGAUACGAACUCCACGAGCGGCCAUACACCUCUAUGCUAUGCUGCUCAUGGUGAGCUUGACAUCGUUUCAACAUUGUUGGACUCGAAAGCGGACCCAAACGUCAUGUGUCUUCACGGCCGGGACCACAUGUACUACGGCGCAGAUGAGGUAUUCUAUUUGCUUGUGGAACACGACGGGCCCCGCCACUGCAUCGAAUCUGCGUUCAUUAGAGACGCCGAUGUGAUUUUCAGAUUGCUUUUGAAGCAUGGAGCUGACUUAUCACUAUUGAGUGCGAAUGGCACAAACGCCCUGCAUAUAGCGGCUUAUCGAGGUGCCGUCAAGUGCAGCCGGAUUCUCAUUGAAGAGCUCGGGUAUGAUGUGAAUAGCUCGCUGGGAGGAGACUUUGGUAGCACUCUUGGAGCUGCCGUGGUUGGCGGAUCGAGAUCGAUGAUUAAAUUUCUGUUCGAAGAAGCCAUGGUAGAUCCGACGGCUCUCACUUCCAACCCCCCGAGGCCUGGAAUGGCAAGACUUUCCGACCAUGAGCACGAGGUUGCACUUCUGAUGAUCCUGUUUGAGCGAGCGUGGGUGUCUGAGUAUCUGCUGAAACAUAAUUAUUGGACGGAAGAGGACCUUCUCAGAGUUGGAUACCUUCCUGAGCACCUUCGGGGGGAGCAAUUGAUUUGUGGUACUCUUUACGGCCCUAAUGUCAGCAACCCUCGUCCCGGACCUGGGGCCAAAGAAGUCGCAGACCACUCGAAAAUUCAGCGAGAUAUGGCAUUGUCGAAUUGGAAGGAGGCCUCAGUUGAAUGGGCAAUAGAGAAUGCGUGGCGUUUACCAACUCGGAAGGUCCGCUGCGUCAAUGACGUUGCUGGGCCGGGACAGUAA